AUGAUUGUCAGUCACAUGCAGAAUUUGAGAAAUUGGCCACCGGAGAUGACUUUGUCCUUGGCCCUCGAAUACCCGCAUGAUAUUACACCAUAUGACACUAAAAUUUUCCAUUCUUUUUUGCUACCCCUGUACCCGGUUAACAUUCCACUCCCAUCACCACAGCUUGAUCUAAGGACUCUUUUUCACCACCUUCUACUCGGAGCACCUCCUGGAAGUCGACGUUCAGCUUCACAGACAACCAAGAAACACAUAAUAUAUAUCAUUCAACCUUAUCACACUAAAAGAAUUGGCAGGGCAGAAACUACCAAUUCGACAUAUUAA